AUUCGCUUCCCGGUCGCCGCCGCCGCCGUGAUUGAAGAGAAAAGGUGAAAAACCCAGACGAGUCAACUUCAACCACUCUUUUUAACGUCAGCAUUUCAGUAUUUCCCCGUUUGAGACAUGUAAGGGAGACUGUAAUGUCCACAGAGCAGGAGAAAGAGUCAUUCUCUCUCAAACGAAACCGAGGAGGUGAAGCUGGGCUGGAUGUUUUAGCGGGUCCCGGGCUGCUACUGGGAAGUCCUGAUAAAAAGAGACGCAAGUCAAGCACACAGGCUCCGCCCUUCUCUCCUCUAUCUGAAUAUGCUCCUCCGCCAAACCCGAGCGCUGAUCAUCUGAUCGCUGCCAAUCCUUUCGAUGACAAUUACAUCUCUCCAUCCCUGAAGCCUUAUUUUGGACACUCGCAUUACCCAGCAUCCAACAGCUAUGGGUCGUCCAGGAUGCCUUCACCAUACGGGCCCACUAUUCAGACACAACCUCAGUAUUUUUCCCAGAAUCCAACCGGGUUCAGUAGAACACACAGGUUUAACUACAGUCCAAAUUAUGUGCAUGCUUUUUGUGGUGGAAACAACAACAACAACAACAUGCACUUUGGAUCUGUAGAGCACGGCGAUCAGAUACCACUGCAAAAUCUCAACCAAAGGAGUCCAGGGUUCAAUCCAGAUGCAAAUACAACCCGAAAUAUGAGCCCUAACCUGAAUAACUUCACACAAUCCAACACCAAACAAGACCACAGCGAAGCAGCGAAUAAAAAACACUCACACAAUGUGAACUGUGAAGAAAACGCGACUCAGGACAACAAGACCAAGGGAGGACCGGAAAAACUCAAUGGAGUUUUUCACUCUAAUAAUGAAAAGAAGUCUCCAGAUUAUCGCAGAAGUGCUUUGAGAAUGAAUAAAGUGAAACGCAGAAGCACGUCGUCUUCAUCCGAGCCUGUUUUCCCAUGCGGGAUUUGCUUAAACGAAGUGAAUGAUGACCAAGAGGCCAUUCUGUGCGAGGCUUCGUGUCAGAAAUGGUUCCACAGAGUUUGCACGGGGAUGACGGAGACGGCGUAUAAUCUGCUCACGGCCGAGACGUCUGCGGUUUGGGGAUGCGACACUUGCAUGGAGGACAGGGAAGUGCAGAUGAUGAAAAACAGUGAUGGACAAUCAUGAAUGUGACUGAUGCCGAAGUCCAGGCAUCUGUUAAAGAGUUCAACCUAAAAGUUUGAAUUAUAUCAUCGUUUAUUUACUCGUCACAAAUCUAUUAGAGUUUCUUUCUGCUGUUCAACCAAAGUUCCUUUAAAGUUCCCAUCAAGUGCUUUGAAA